ACGUAAGCAAAGGGAGACAAUUGAGUACCGGGUAUUCAAUCGAGUAUGUCAAUCGGCCUAUGACGAUUAGGAGGCCCAUUGUGAAAAGCUUCCAUGGGGACAAAUACAGUGUGUUAUUACGAAUUGCUUGCAAACUGUUCACUGACAAGCGCAAAGUAGAGUUUAGAGGAUAAUGUAAGAAACAUAGUCGGAUAUUUCGAACAGAAAAUCAUAUUUACUAUGGAGAAUGGGUAAGAAGCGAAGCAAUGUAGUAUUACCAGAAGGAAAAUUUUGUGGAAGUUUUCGUUGAGAAGAGACAUGGAGUUGCUCAACCCUUCGCUGAAACACCCCGUGGCCUACCAUGACCGAUACUAUGAGAGUGACAGCGGGUUUUCAGCGGACGACUACAGCUCUGUGGACCCUGUUGCGGCGGCAUCAUCAGAGAUCACCUCUGUAACAUCCAGAGCGUCCAAGAACAAGAGCGUCCUCAAGUUAAUCACGCGAGAUGAUGGGACAGUAAUCACCUUGGACGAGAAUGCAGUGCUUGCUGAUAACGUCCACGAUCAUGGGAUCGAGGAUGAUGCCGGCGACGGCGUGGAGUUGGACGUCGACCGUCGGAAUCCCUUGGUCGUUUCCUUCAAAGAAGACGACCAGGUCCAAGAUGCAAGAACUCAUAGAGCCGGACAGAAGCAGCCUAUUCAUUUUUUGACUCGACGAGUCAAAUCUUCCUGGCUGGACAACACUUACCAAAAGGCCAUUGCUAGGGCCAGAGCACGACUUGCCGAGGGCAACUGGCCCCAGUACCCCGAGGAGUGGAGAUUGCCUCACGCUCCUCUACCAGCUCGACCUGACUUUACAAGAACUGGUCCUGUAACUUCACUCAAAGGCGGUUACCUUGAGGCGAAGAGAAAUAGGAAAGAGCGUAGAAAAAGGAGCGGGACUUUUCCAAGAACUAAAUCCGACGCGAAGAGUGCCGAAAAGCAAGCUUGCCUUCCACCUAUUGAUGCAUUGUACGACAGUCUCUUCGCCAACUUAUCUGCCAGCUACCCUUCUCACCUCUUAAGGAAACGAUGGGAGGCCUCCGCGGCAGCGUCGUCGUCCUGGUCGACGUCGGUUUCGUCAGAUCCGAACAGCACCGACUAUCUUCCUUUCGUCGGUACUGCCCGCCUCCACCCCAAGGAACUCACCCCUACCGUUCGGCGGGAUGACAGCUCCCAACCUCCAAAGUUCUGUUCCGGCUGUACAGCCGAGCUUGCUCAUCAAUCUGGUGUCAAGGCACCAAUAUUCAUUUUUGACAAUCCCGCGGAUGACACGAAUGUUGAUCAAGGGGGCAUCGAGCAUGCACAGUUGCUUCCACUAAAUGGCCCCGCCCAACAACACGUUGCUACCACUCAAGUCUGCUAUGGCUGCUCUCUCAGCAAAGUACCACAUGUCCAUGUGACGAAGCCACGUCGUGUAGGUGGUGGUUACACCAUGUUCCAUCAAACCGCCGAGCCAUACAGCGGACAAAUCGUCAAAGAUGGCGGUUCACCUCAACCAUCAUCGGGUAUAUCAGCCGACAUGUCUUCUAGCGAUGAUGACAUCGAAAGCAACUACGAUGCCGAGAUCGACGAGGGAGAAUGGGCGAUGUUGAAUUACAUCAACGUAGCGAAACUGGAGCAGCCGAUUCUCCCGCUCCCGUCGAUCCCGCGGGAGAAACCGCUCCCGAUCCCGCUGUCUAUCAUGGAGAAGAUCAGGGCAGGAGACGUCAAGGGGGUCAGUUUGCAUGAACAACACUGCUACGCUUGUCGCGAAGCUCUCAAACACUAUUGGCCAGAAUACUUCACAUUGAGAGACGAAUCAGAUGACUCCGGGGUUGCCACCCGUGUUGCUUCAGAAGCUCUUAAAGAGGAAGAGCGCCGCCAAGAGGAAAGAAAACGACAGUUAGAAGAAGCUCGAAAGUUGAGACUGGAAGAAGAGGUGAUACGAAAAGAGGAGGAGGCGGAGAGGAGGAAGAAUCUAUACAAACCUCCUAAAGCAUUUCAGUUGAAGAAGACUGAGAAGAACGUGAUUGAAUCCAAGGAUCCCUUCUCCUCAGAUCGAAAUCUAAACAUUCCAAAAAGUGAAGGAUUCAGACUGAAGAAAACUGAGAAACAGACGACGAAAUUUGCCGAGCACACCCGACAGGAAACCGAAUGGCAAGAGCCUCGAAAAUUCGAGUUGACGAAGACUGAACCGAAGACGACAAGCACGGUUUGGAAGCCACCGGAAAGACCCGAACGGCUCCGGCCGCUGACCCCACCUCCGCCACCGCCUGCACCGAAGGGAAAGAAACCCACGGUGCCUAUUGAGCCGAAAAAGCGCGAACCUCCUCCGAAGAAGCCCGAUCCUCCACCACCACCGCCGCCGAAACCUGUCGAAAAGCCGAAACCGGUCGAAAAGCCCAAACCUGUCGAAAAACCCAAAGAGCCUCCACCACGAAAAAGCGAGCCCAAGCCAGAACCGAAACCGAAACCCGCACCAAAACCUAUCGAAAAACCCAUUAAAGAACUGGCCAAACCGAAGGAAGUCCCCAAACCUAAAGAACCUCCAAAAGAAAAAGUGCAACCGGAACCGAAACAGAAGCCACAGAAGAAAGAAGUAACAAAGAAAGUUGAACCGGUUAAGAAGGAACUUCUGAAACCAGUUGAGAAACCGAAGAAAGUGGAAGAACCUCCUAAAAAAGAGAAACCUGUCAUCACAAUAGAGGAUCAUGUGAAGGAAAAACCCAAACCGGUUGAAAAGGAGAAACCCAAACCGGUUGUAAAGGAGAAACCAAAGCCGGUUGUAAAGGAGAAACCAAAGCCGGUUGUUAAGGAGAAACCCACACCAAUCGUGAAGGAGCAACCGAAGAAGGAAACUCGGCCAGUUAAGAAACAAGAGCCUCCAAAGAAACCAGUAGCGGCACCUCAACGGGAUUCAAACCCACCACCAAAAGUGGCCCCGCCUCCACCUCCCCCACGCGAACCCAGCCCCCCUCCACCAAAGGAGCCGACACCACCUCCUCUGAAAGAACCCACUCCGAAACCGCCGCCAAAAGACCCUACGCCGCCGAAGCCAAAGAAAGAAACAAAACCUCCACCUGAGAGAAAGAAACCCCAGAAACAGAAAAAGAAAAGUAAAAAGGAAGAAAAAUCAAGGAAGGAAUAUGUCAAGAUACCCAUUAUACCGUAUAAGUCACCAGAAAAAGAUCCAGCACCUCCACCGAAACAAGACCCCCUCCCACCACCUAUUCCUGAUCCACCCGUUGAACCCACACAGAAAGCUAUUCCUGCCUCUGAACCGGAACAAGUUAAACCUCUCUCCCUUCAAUCCAAAGACAAAGAGCCUAAAGCGAAGGUCAAUCCCCCGAAGAAGACCCGACGAGCCAAAGUUCCAAAGAGGGUGAGAAAAGAGAGUAAACCCCUCGGAGUGGCCGCGCCUAUGCCAGUCAGGCCACCGCCAUCAGACGAGUGGGUAUUGCCGGACACAGGUCCGAGGCUUACGGAUAUCGAAGUGCCCAUGUUCCCGGUAGCUCGCAAAGUAGAAGCACAAUUCCCGCCGCUUCCCGAAAUCGCCGUUCCCGUACCAGCCCCGAAACCACCCGAAGAACCCGUUCCCGAGCCACGGAAACAACCCAUGCCGGUGCCCCAGCAACCAGAGGCCAUUAUGUGGAGGAGGCGACCCGAAUACAAACCUAAGAAGAAAAAAUGGCGGAAGGUUGAGGCGAGCGGCAAUCCACCUAGCAGCCCAGACCCAGCCGUCAGAGAUCCGCUCGACUAUCUUGCCAAGUACUGCAUCGUCCACAAAGAACGGGUGCCCCAUUACCAGCGGAUCUUCAACACCCAUCUCCGAAGUACAGGGGUCAACGUCGAAGACCGUACGUUACGACAGUGGAUGAACACGACGACGACGACGAACAAGGCAGUCGGUGACCACGAUGUCGAUGAUCAAUCCGAGACGGGGUCGAUAAUGACAGAACAAUCAUCCGGAUACGGAAGUGCAAUAGUGAGGUCAAGUGAGGUCAAUCUCGAGUUCAAAAGUGACUUAGAAGAGUUCAAUGCCACCUUUAAAAACACGCCCAUGGAGGUCAAUGAAGACGAUUAUGUCAGUCCGAUGAAGCUAUCGGCGGACGAUGCCGAGAAUGAUGGCGGUAAAGGCGGUGGGAAAGAUUCCGACGUUGAUAGCGGCAGAGCGGACAGCGCCUCCAGCGACAACCCGGAGAGAAUGUUGCGGGCGAAGAUUGCAUCAUAUGGAAUUCAGGACAAAUUUGACGUAGAAGAAAAACUGGACAAGAGCCGCUUUUUGUUGGAGAGGCAAGGGCAAAAAGUAUCCAGUUUGAAGGAGAAAGUUGCCCAGUUAGAAACUUCUCGUGAUAAGGCGAUCGCAAACAUCGCACGAACCGAGUUUCUCGAGAUAUUCCGUUUCGAUUGGGACCCGGAUGCAGCAGCAGCAGCUGAGGCAAAGAAGAAGAAGGACAAGAAGUCGAAGAAGAAGAAGAAAGACAAAGACUCCAAGACAUCGGAACCAAAGAGCGUGAUAAUUGGCGAAGCAGACACAUCAUCGCCACCAUCGUCAUCGUCGUCAUCAAAGCCGUCAGAACCGCCUACAACCGGCGGUUUCAAGUUUCCUGUCCUGAAAAAUGGGACCGACCAGUGGGUUCUGAGCCGAAUGACGGACAAACAGGUCGCUAUGGCCGAGACUGAUGCCGAGGUUUGCCGACUCUCAGUCAGCAAACAGAUCACAGAGGAGAGAUUGGAAGCAGCGAACAAACAAAUCAAAGAACGAGAAGGUGAGACGAAGAUGUUGGAAGAACUGGAGACGAAGAUGAAAGAGAACGAAUCAUCUGAACGGAUGGCAUCUAAACCAGAGUUUAGAAGGAAACAAAGUACUCUCUUUAAUAUGAUGAACCAAGAAGAGCCAUACGAAAUCGAGACGACGAACAUGGAAGGUUUACUGCAAAAAGUCAACAGCCACUUGAUAUCAGAAAAAGAAUGUCAAUAUGUGUAUCAUGUUCUUGAUUUACCUCAGCGGCGUCGGAUCGAUUUCAAGCUCUUCACCAUUGUUGCAGCCUUGUCUGAGAAAAUAUCAAAACUGGACCCUUUUAUAAAGAAACUCAUCAACAAGAUCAACUUCGAGGCCCUGGAUGUGAAGAUGGAUCGAGCCAAGGAGCUCUUCUAUCUGCUGGAGGACGAGGACGAGCACGGCUUCCCCGGGGAAGUCCCCGUCAGGAACUUGCAGGUAGAGCUAGAGGCAGGAGGCCUUCGAAGGGAGCAUGCCGACCUGGUGAUGGAGAAGUUUACCCGAGAAGGCAAAGGAACAGUAGACUUCCUGGACUUCUUGACUUACAUCCCUCUCUUCAUCGACCUGCAUGAAAGCAUCAUUUCCGAUCCUCUCUACGCUACCAAGGACCUGUGAGGAUACCCUAUUGAAAGACCUUUGACCUCAAGCGCACCUAAUCAUGAUGCAGUAAAGAGAAGAGGGGAUGAGGAAGGGGAGGGGGUGUACCUUAACAAAACAAAAUAUAGGACCAAAGAUUGAAACAAUUGAAUUAAAAAUAUGGUCACUUCUUUUUGAAUGGAUGUACCUGCUGAUAACUUGCACCAAUGAACGUGCUUCUCAUCGAUGAUAGUCAUCCUAUAUUACACUCUCCUAUGGAGAAUAUUUCUUUUGAUACUCGAGCAAAGAAAAUAGUUUGAGAGAUUGGUCAGUUGACCAAUAUUGAAUGUAGAGGAGUGAAAAUUUUACUCUUCGAGGUGUCAUCAUUAUUAUGGAUCACUUCCCUUUAAAAGUAUAGUUGAAUUCACUCUAAAGUAGUGGACGAAUCACUCUUUUUAGAGUGGAUUCCAUGUUUAGCAUAGAUUUCCACUCCAGAAAGGAAGUGAUCCUUAAUAUGACUCCCCACAGAGUUGAUUUCCAAAUUUUUAA